UCGUGUCUUCCCACUGUUAAAUAGUGUUAAAAAGUGUUAAUAAAUAACAUGCCGAAACGUAAAAGUGAAGAAAGUUGUGAUAAAUUAUUUAAGAAACUCAAGAAAUUGGAGAAAAAACUACGACAACGUUGUCGCAGCCGAUCUUCGAGUUCAUCAAGGUCCGGUAUUCAAGAAGAACAUGUGGCUUAUAGCGAGGACUGCGAGAAUAACAUUGUUGAAUUGCUCGACGGAAGCAACCUGUCUAAUGUGGAAGCUAUCAGCGGCGGCGAUGCCGACCCGCUCCCGGAGUGCACCGCGAGCCAGGCUGCGGAGCCCGUCGUAGCCGCUGGUACCAGCGCGACGCCUACUGACAAUGUUGCCAAUGCGCUUUCUUGUGCAGAAUCCGCGGAUGCAAUACCAGAGAGCGUGAUACUUGAUAUACUAGGUGAAGAUCCUACCAUAUCGAAUACUUACGGACCCGAAGUACAAAAGGACUUAGCAGUCAGAUUGGAGCAUAUUGCCACGCAUGGACUGACUAAGGAGCUCCGCAAGGAUCUACAAGACAAGUAUCUGUUGCCGAACAACUGCAGAUUAAUUAACGCGCCCGGCCUGAACGCUGAAAUAAAAGCCGCUGUUUCCGAUGUUAACAUCAAACGGGAUAGAAACAUCGAAUUUAGACAAAAACAGACUGCUACAGCCAUAGCAUGUCUGAGUCAAGCAAUAAAUAAACUUAUUUCAAAAAAUAACGCAGAUCCAGAAUUAACAAAAAUGUUAAUGGAUUCGGAACGUAUAUUAUGCGAUUUGCAAUACAAUGAUUCAGUUAUCAGAAGGAAUUUCAUUUUAUCUUCGUUGAAUAAGGAUAUGAAGGACCAACUGCUUAACACCAAGCCGGAUAAUUUAUUGUUUGGUCAAAACCUGUCCGAAACGAUAAAGACGGCUAAAGCCAUUACUAGAUCAGGUGCCGAUUUGAAGACGCCAGUGCAGAAGCCUCAGGCAAGUAAUAAGAAGCCACCGGCAUCGACAUCGACACCCAGGAAUUUAAACUGGAAGGGCCCCUUCCCCCCACGGAAACAGCCGAAUCAACCGAAGGCGAAGGGGCCACCUCCGAGCAGUCGGCCAUCGAGCUCAUCGAGACACUCGCAGCAACCGCCGAAGCGCAGCCGCCGCUAGACGUGGUAAAUUAUGCAGGCAGGUUGCCUUUAUUUUAUAAACAAUGGUCACUCAUUACUAAUAAUCCUUUGGUAUUAUCUUGUAUCAGAGGCUAUGAAAUUCCUUUUGCGUGUCCAGUUAACCAAUUAUCUCCUCCGAUUACUAAAUCAUAUUCAGAGACGGAAAAACGUGCC